CUUUACUCUAUAGAAGCUGCCCCGCAGCGGGUCUCCGGCGGACUCCGGACCGGCCUGCAGCCACAGCACAGCGCCGGGCUGCCGGGCACCACAUGUCCCGCUCAACAGUCCAGUUCCACAGCGGGGGAGAGCCGCUCUCCCCGGGCCAGUCCAUGGAGAACGGCCUGGAGGCCGAGGAGGAGGACGAUCUGGACGAUGAGAUGGACGCUUCUCAGCUGGAGAGAUUCAUGAAAGACAGGAGGAGAGCCAAGUCCCUGCCCGCCUACCCGGCGCUCCUGGACGGCGUCUCCGGGAGCAACGGGAGGAAGCGGGUGAAGUUCGCCGACUCCAUGGGGCUGAACCUGGCCAGCGUCAAGCACUUCAGCUCGCUGGAGGAGCCGCAGAUCCCGAGUAAAGUUCUGUCCAGACACAAGAGCUUCCCGCCGCAGCAGCAGGAUUUACUGAACGACCUGUGCCAGAGCUUCAAGUCCAGCCUGGACACGGACCGACUGGUCCCCUGCUUCCCGGAGCCCCGGGAGGCGGAGCGGACAGUCCAGCAGCGGCGUGUCUGCCUGGAGAGGGUCGCCAUCUCCCAGUUUGACGUGCGGGGACAGAUCCGGGUCCUCGCCGGUCGCGACGACAAAGAGGUCGGAGUGAGGUACACCUUUAACGACUGGCUCUCCUACGUGGACGCGCAGGCCCUGCCCGUGGCCGCGGAUCAGCCGGGCUUUGUGGGAGAGCGCUUCAGCUUCACUGUGUACACGCCGCCCGUCAUGGACCCCAGCUCGGCCGUGCACUUCGCCGUGUACAUGAAGAGCGAGGAGGGGGAGUUCUGGGACAACAACGAGGGGCAGAACUACACCCUCAGGUACCACUGCAUGUCCAGCACUACACCCUUUGUCAGCGCCGCAUUCCACGCCACCUGACCGGGGCGCGCGUCGUGCGUAAAAGCCACAGAUCUGUGCGUAAAAGCUUUCCAUCUGUCACGUCUGCUGGAGAAAUUCGAUAUGCAUCUGCUAAAUAAAUACAUCAUCUGCGCCACCCCGUGUGAUGUGCUGAGUCUUGUGGAGAACAGAGAACUUGUGUCACAGUCAGAAGAUCCGGAGAUCAUCCGAAGAAGAGACGCAGACGCAGCUCGCGUUUUCCUUGAAGUUGGCCCCUGAAUGAUUCUGUUGUGCCUUUCUGAACAGCCUCAUCACGACGCGUUGAGCUGAAGCUCAUAAAUGUGAGGACAACACAGCUGACAGGUGUGGACAUUUCUCUGGACUUCCUCUGGGACCCAUGGGCACAGAAACAACGGACUGAUUCGAUGUACCGACUGGAAGGAAAGUGCGCAUCGCUGUCAACUGCGUUGUGGACGUUUUGGACAUUUUCACAACACGAGCGUCUCUGGCUCACUGCUGUUCUUAGACUCCAUUUGUUCAUCAGCAAAACAACGUGGAAACAUUUCAAAUGAACAAACCAAAUAUUUCUGUUGGGCUUUGAGGUUGGAGGUGAUCAACAACACAAAGCCUGCGGGUGAGAAUCGCUGGGACAAAAUCACCGGAAAAACGUCCUGCACGUGUGAAACUGAAGGCUGCGCACACGUGGGACGGAGCUGCCGUUUGGUGACUUUGUUUCACCGUGCAGUCAUUUGACAGCAGCUGAGAAGGAGUACAUUUGGCUUUUGAUUUUGAAAAAUGGUCACCCUGAGAGCCUCCUGCUGCCAAACUUCUCACUGGGCUUCAGCCGUCUCCCCACAGUCAGCUGCAGACAUGGAGGAAGUCGCACUGCACGUUUGUUUCUUUACAGAAUGAAGGUCAGUUUGAACGUCAAGUCUGCAUUCACUCUGAUCAGCGACUCUGCGUUACCUCACAAAACAUCCUGUAAAGAAAUAAAAGAGAAAGUGACUAAAAUGCAGCUGAGCGCUUUGCAAACUGAUCAUCUGAACCUUCAGAGCCACACAGCUGGUGGUCCUUCAGAUCCAGACUUCAGUUUUUGGGUGUGAAUGUAAGCAGUCAGUCCAUUCUGAUGUGUCAUGAUGCUGAAAGUUUGUUACCAGAGAAAACCUGCAUCCAUCCUGUUUUUGCCAAAGUGAUCUCAAUCAUGAAAGCUGAUUUUCAACCAAUAAAGAACAAAUAAACCAAUAAA